CACACGUGAGUGGAUGAUCCACACGUGAGUGGAUGAGCCACACAUGGUAUAGUGUACUCACACACGAUCAGUCCUGACACAGUUGAUAGUUUCUGCUUCUAGUCGCUCGUCUUCCCUUUGUUAACUUCUUGUGGCUGUCAGCGUCAUGUUCAGUGUCAGAUCAACGUUGCGGAUAUUUCUCAAUUGUUUGGUCUUGGUCUGCGCAUGCGCCCAGCAAAUCCAGUGCCCGGCAAUGUGCAUUUGUACAGGUCGCAGGGCCUUGUGUGAUCACGUGAUCGAGUACGACUCCAUCUUAGGUCCGUUUCCAGACACGGUGGUGGAGGUGAAGAUAUCCAACAGCUACGUCAAAACCCUGGGGCCCAGCAUCACGGGACGGAACGUGGAGACGAUCUUGGUCGAUCAGUGUUCCUUCACCGUCGUCACCACCAACACUUUCACCGACCUCAGCAAACUCAGGUCUCUGCACAUCAUCAACUCUGAGAUAGGCCAUGUCAACUAUCUGGCUUUCAGAAACAUCUCUAGCCGAGCUGAUAUUCUCAUUAACAACACAAGUAUCGAGUCAGUUCAUGAACGCGCCUUCAACAACUGUUCUAAUCUUCAACAACUCAAAUUCGAACAUGUUUUUUUGAAUUAUAUGAACACUAAAGCCAUCAGCAACGUUCAAGUAAACAACAUCAUCUUUGAUAAUGUAGAUAUAGAUUUUUUAAAAAGAAAUUUCUUGAGCGAUAUUCCUGAGGUGAAAGGACUGACGAUCAAAGGCUCGACCUUCAGGACCAUAGAGGCAGACGCCUUUAGCGGUCUGGUUGCCGUGGAGCGAGUGCUCAUCAACAACAGCAGCUUCGUGGAUGUCCAGGGCGCCGCUCUCAUGUACCUACACCACGUCAGCCGGCUCUCGUUUCUCUUUCAGAGCUCCAACGUCAGCUGCAGCUGUAGGAGCCGGGACCUGUUUGUGUACGUCCACUUCUUCCCCGGCUCCGUGGCUCCCAGUGUCCAGUGCAAGUCAGAACAAAGCAGGGACUUCGAGGGGCCGCUUAACCAAAUCGACUUCCGGAGACUGUGUUCGAUUUCCGGCAAUAUUUCCAUGCCAUCUUUUGCAACGCCUAAACCUUCACAGAUAACACCAGGCCAAGUGGCUGCCACCACUAGACCGUCACCCACCCGCCCAUCUUGUCCGGCCGUCUGCCGCUGCUGCCGAGUGUAG